CACAUGAUGCGGAAACAGUGUUUCCCAUCGUUCAAGGAGCUCUUGUUUCAUUCAAAAGUAUUUAUUUAUGUUGAAAUAUUCACCGGACAAUAACCCACCCAUGCAAGAAGUUGGAUCAACUGAAGUUAGUUUGACUUUUUUUUGCACUUUUACUACGAAUUUGCGCACUUUCUAUUUAAAUGUUAAACGAUUUUAUGCGUAGUCAUGUAUCUUAAUUAAAAGUGCCUUAUAUGUGUAAGUAAUUUGUAUUUAACAUGACCUCUCUGCCGAGUUUGACGUGGUGUUAGGGCUUUCCUGCUGAGAGCCACCUCCCCCCUGCUGUGCUGUGGGGUCACUGUGGGACCCCCUGCCUGGUGAAUUAUUAAACACAUCAGUAUGAGGACUCCUUCAGUAACACGCUCACAUGAACAAACAGCAUCAAAGGGACAGCACUGUUGUUGUUGUUGACAGACAUGGAGCGUUGCCACAUAUUUGGUGUGUUCAUUUCUGACCCGGGCCCCUCUCCAAACCCAGAGUCCUGCCUUCCCUGCACCACAUCCACUCUCCUGCAGGGCUGAAGAAGUUGACCAUUAACCUCAGGCUGACUGCAAACACCUCCUCGCUCGUGAACGACUGCUUCUGCGACUGCGGAGCUCAAAGCAAAGUUCACUGUGACAGGCAGCGCUGGAGCUGGCUGCUGUUGUUUUUUCCUCCCCUUCUGCAGGAGCUGAAUGUGCAAUCAUGGCUACAGCAACCUACGGAUACUACAGAGGGACCAUCUUUAUGGCCAUGUUUGUGGGCUACACGCUGUAUUACUUCAACAGAAAGACUUUCUCCUUUGUGAUGCCUUCUCUGAUGGAAGAAAUUGAGCUGGAUAAGGAUGAUCUGGGCAUGAUUACCAGCAGUCAGUCUUUGGCCUACGCUAUCAGUAAGUUCAUCAGCGGCGUGCUUUCAGACAGGAUUAGCGCCCGCUGGCUCUUCUCCAUUGGUCUGUUCCUGGUGGGAGGCAUCAACGUGGUCUUCUCCUGGUCCUCGACGGUGGUCGUCUUCUCUGUCCUGUGGUUUAUUAACGGCCUGGGACAAGGUCUGGGCUGGCCCCCCUGUGGCAGGGURCUUCGUAAGUGGUUUGAGCCCUCUCAGUUCGGGACGUGGUGGUCCGUUCUCUCCUGCAGCAUGAACCUGGCCGGCAGCCUGGGCCCCAUCAUUGCCACGGUUCUGUCUCAGAGCUACAGCUGGAGGACCAUCCUGUCCGUCUCCGGGAUGAUCUGCGUGGCCGUCUCCUUCGUCUGCCUGCUGCURAUCAAGAACGAGCCGAAGGACGUGGGGCUGCCCAGCGUAGAGGCCGCGGCCAAGAAAAGCAAAGGAGGGGCCUCCAGCGACGAAAGCACCCUGUCCGAGUUCCUGCUGUCGCCUUACCUGUGGCUGCUGUCUGCGUCCUACCUGGUGGUGUUCGGGGUGAAGACGGCCUGCACCGACUGGGGCCAGCUGUUCCUCAUCCAAGACAAGGGCCAGUCCACACUGAUGGGUAGCUCCUAUAUGAGCGCCCUGGAGGUUGGAGGCCUGCUGGGAAGUCUGGCAGCUGGUUACCUCUCUGACAGAGCAGUGGCCAAACAAGGUACGAGACUCUACGGGAACCCUCGGCACUUCAUCCUGAUCUGCAUGAUGGCCGGGAUGUUUGUGUCUAUGUACCUGUUCAGAGUCACGGUCAGCACAGACAGCUCCAAGGUGUGGAUACUCAGUUUGGGUGCUGUGUUUGGUUUCUCCUCUUACGGUCCAAUAGCAUUGUUUGGCGUGAUAGCUAAUGAAAGCGCACCUUCCAACUACUGUGGGACGUCGCACGCCAUCGUUGCCCUGAUGGCAAAUAUUGGUGGCUUCCUGUCUGGAUUACCGUUCAGCACAAUCGCCAAGCACUACGGCUGGGAAACAGCCUUCUGGGUGGCAGAAAUCACCUGUCUGGUCACCACUGUUGGAUACUUCCUGUUACGCAACAUCAGGACCAAGAUGGGACGCGUGCCUAAGAAGGCAGACUAACAUGAUCACACCCUCCAUGACCAGUGAUGGAGUUUUGUUUUUUUAAACAUGAUUUCAUUGAUCUGCAGGACUUAACACAAAGCUCAUAAGUUGAACUUUUUUUUUGUCUGUUAACACUACAUCAGCAGGGGAAUGUGCAGUAAAUAUGUCUCUCAGAUAAGGAAAUGUGCCAAAURCACAAGUUUCCUCUUUAAGGCAAUAAAAGCAGACUAGUGUCUGGUUUGGAAAUAAGCUUAUUUUUUCAAUUGCUGUAAUGAGCAAUUUCAAAUUAAAGUGCAAAACUUUAUA